AGCACGGCGCGCUUGCCAGUUGUUUCCCGGCGUUUGGAAUUCUGGGAAAAGAAAUAGUUUAAAUACUACACUCAGUAAAGCGAGGGGGGACGAAGGAGGAGGAAGGUCGCAGAGGCGUUAGGAGGGAGGAGAGGAGGAACGAGCUGCUAUGGCCUUCUGCGUAACCGCCAAGGGCGCCUUGCUCCUCCCAGACCCCUUGCUGUCGCUUGGAGUUGCCGGAUCACGGUUGAAUUCCGGCAACGAGAAGCAGGUAUUUUCGGUCCGAUGCACCGCGGAGCCGGGCUUUGAUCCGAAGGUGUUCAGGAAGAACCUGACGAGGAGCAAGAACUACAAUCGAAAAGGGUUCGGGUUCAAGGAGGAGACCAUGCAGUUGAUCAACAGGGAGUACAAGAGCAAUAUCAUAGAGACACUCAAGAAGAAUAACUAUGAAUAUACUUGGGGGAAUGUAACUGUCAAGCUGGCUGAGGCCUAUGGAUUUUGCUGGGGAGUUGAGCUGGCAAUUCGGAUUGCAUAUGAAGCGAGGAGGCAGUUUCCUAUGAAGAAAAUUUGGAUCACCAAUGAAAUUAUUCACAACCCUACGGUGAACGAGAGGUUAGCAGAGAUGAAACUUCAGAUUAUUCCUGUUGAGAAUGGAAAAAAGAAUCUCGAUGUUGUUGAGAUGGGAGAUGUGGUAGUUUUACCUGCAUUUGGAGCUUCUAUUCAGGAAUUGUUGGCACUUAGUGAGAAAAAUGUUCAAAUAGUUGAUUCAACCUGCCCGUGGGUAACAAAGGUGUGGAACACAGUUGAUAAGCACAGAAAGGCAGAGUAUACCUCAGUAAUUCAUGGUAAAUACACUCAUGAAGAAACUAUUGCAACUGCAUCCAAUGCAGGUACUUUCAUCAUUGUGAAGAAUAUGAAAGAGGCAAUGUAUGUUGCUGAUUAUAUCCUUCACGGAAAACUUGAUGGUUCAAGUGGAACAAAAGAAGAGUUUAUGGAGAAAUUCAAAAGUGCAGUAUCCACUGGAUUUGACCCAGAUAGAGACUUAUAUAGAGUAGGCAUUGCUAAUCAAACAACUAUGCUUAAGGGAGAAACUGAAGAGAUUGGAAAGCUUCUUGAGAGGGUCAUGAUGCGCAAGUAUGGAGUUGAAACUGUCCAUGAUCAUUUUAUGAGCUUCAAUACUACUUGUGAUGCUACUCAGGAGAGACAAGACGCAAUGUAUGGUCUUGUGAAAGAGAAGCUUGAUCUCAUGUUGGUGAUUGGUGGAUGGAACUCUAGCAAUACCUCACAUCUUCAAGAAAUUGCAGAGCUUAAGGGAAUUCCAUCUUAUUGGAUUGAUAAUGAGCAGAGAAUAGGACCAGGAAACAAAAUACUUUAUAAGUUAAAUCACGGGGAACUGGUUGAGAAAGAAAACUGGCUACCUGAUGGUCCUAUCAAGAUCGGUGUCACCUCAGGAGCUUCUACUCCUGAUAAGGCAAUGGAGGACGUCCUAAACAAGGUAUUUGAGAUUAAGAGCAAAGAAUCCUUGCAUGCUUGACGAUCCUGGCCUCGAGCGGUUGCUUUCCAAAGUUCUCGUCUGUAAAAGUGCUAUCAUGUAUCAUAGGUGACGAGAUGUAAUGGGACUUCUCAUGUAUUAGUCAAGAGUAUUGCAGAUGGGAAUGAAUAACAGAAAAAGGAGAGUGAACUUGGUUCAUAGCAAGGUAGUCUGCCUCAAACAGUUUUCCUUCCUUGCUUCCUAUGGGCGUGCUUAUUGCCUGGAAAAUAUUUUCCAGGUGCAUUAAUGCUGGAAAAGUAGUUCAGGAUUUUCAGUUGGAACCCUCCAGGUCCAUCCGAAAAUCCAGAAAAGCCGUACCAAGAGUAUGUUCAACAUGAAAAAUGGCUUCAGGAUUCAGUGUGUUUAAAUGGGUAUUGUACAGCGUGGUGGAAAGGGGAUCCGGGAACGUUUGUGUGGACAUGAUUAAAAUGUAUUACACGACGAUCCUUUUAUAUAUUGAUAUUCUAAUAAGAUAUUUGUAGACAUCGAAUCAUUGAUCAGUUA